AUGGCCGAGGAGAGGAGCUCUGCACAACCGGUUCAAGUAUUUACUUCAGCUGACCGGAUCCGCCAGUUGAACGAGGUGGACAAGGAUGUUGCAAAACUAAUUCACUCCGCCGGUCUCGCUGUCCAAGCCCUCACGAACGCCAGGACGUCCGACUCUCCGGAUGACACUUCUCUCGAGUCGCAUAAAGCGCGGUUUAAAGAGGCUACGUCGCAGUACUUCGCUCUGCUUUCCUCCAUAGAUGUCAGAUUACGUCGCCAGGUAUACGCCCUGGAGGAAGCUGCUAUCUUAGCGCCAGAGUCGGCCUCGAGGACGGGUGAUCUACCUGGCGCUGGCGGAGGGGCAACGGGUGUUUCGAACCCGUUGGAUGUCAGCUGGCUGAAUAGCAGGAAGGACACUGUAGGGAAAGAUAAGGAAGCUGAGCUAUGGGCUGCAGCGAGGCAGUUCGUCGAGCAACUUGGCGAUUCCUCAGCUGCGAGCGUGAAGGUAGAAGGUGGACACAAGAUGGAGGUCGAUUGA